CCAGCCAUCGCAGGACAUGGUGAACUGAGAGCCUGUCAUUGCACUGUUAGCCUUGACACAGUCCAGAAUACAAAUGUCUUAACAUUUUAAUAUUAAUAUGAAUGUGUUUUUAUAGUGUGCAGUGUGUAUAAAUUGUAUUUUUACUGAUAUUCGGGCUGUUAAUAUAGACGUAAUAUUAGUAUAAUAUAUUAUAUAACGCGUUUUUUAAAUAAUAGGCGCGCUUUCGCUUUAUUAGUAAUUACAUAUCGUUACUAGUCAAACAAAAAAAAUAAAAAUUAUUGUUUUUAAACCUACAUCAAACGAACAAGAUUACCAAUGGAUCCUAAUCCAUCAAGACGUCCCAGAGGUAAGGCUCGCGGACAAUCACAAGGACCUCUUAAUCAAUCAGGGCAAACACAAGGACCUCCCCCUAAUCAAUCAGCACAACCACGAGGACCUUCUUCUAAUCAAUUAGGUCGACCACGAGGACCUCAACCAGCACAACCACGAGGACCUCCUCCUAAUCAAUUAGGUCGACCACGAGGACCUCAACCAGCACAACCACGAGGACCUCCUCCUAAUCAAUUAGGUCGACCACGAGGACCUCAACCAGCACAGGCACCACCAUCGCGGCCACAACCUAGAAAUAUGCCAGGCCAAUCUGGUCAACGGCAACAAUUUAGAUCUCCACCUGUCGAAGAAGUAACGAGUAGAAUAGGAAGCUUGAAAACAGGAGAUGCACCAAUGCCUACGGGCCGAGGAUUACAUCGUGUUCAUAAACCUACACCAGAGUACUUUAGGUUGGAGAGACCAGAAUCAUCAAAAUCCAGUGUUGGAAAACAAGGAGCAGGAGGACAACCUAUAAAUUUAAUAUCAAAUUAUUUUCCCAUAACAACUUAUACAGAUUGGAGUUUAUACCAGUAUCGAGUUGACUUUAACCCAGUGCAAGAUAGGAUAAACAUUCAAAGAGGAUUAUUGAGCGCACACAAAGAUGUUUUAGGAGCAUAUAUUUUUGAUGGAACAAUGUUGUUUAGUGGCCAAAAAUAUAAGCCAGACACUUUAGAGCUUUCAUCAAAAAGAAAUUUUGAUGACAAAAUAGUAAUAAUCACUAUAAAAUUUACUUCAAUAAUUGAAAAAGGUAAUCAUGCUUCUAUCCAAGUUUUUAAUUUAUUGUUACGUAGAAGCCUUAGAAACUUAGACCUAGCACUGGUUGGAAGAAAUUACUACGAUGAAAAAGCCAAAAUCAAUAUUCCACAACAUAAACUUCAACUUUGGCCAGGUUAUGAGACUACUAUUGGAAUGUAUGAUAGUGGUCUAUUAUUACGGUCCGAAAUUUCAACCAAAAUCAUGAGGGAGGAGACUGUUUUAGAUUUUUUGAAAGAACUUGCAAGUACUAGAUUCACAGACCCCCAAUGGAUGGAGAAAUUUAAAGCGGGCGUUAUAGGAAGUACAGUUCUAACCAGAUAUAAUAAUCAAACCUACAGAAUAGAUGAUAUAGAUGAAAAUUCUAAUACCCAAUCAACAUUUCGCAAGAAAGAUGGAUCAAGCAUAUCAUAUGUACAGUAUUACAAAGAAAGAUAUGGUAUACACCUUAGCAGUGCACGUCAGCCAAUGUUGGUAUCAAAGAAAAAAAAAUCUUUUAAAAUUGAAGGUGAUGAAUCCGAGCUGGUGUACUUAAUUCCUGAAUUAUGUACUAUGACUGGAAUAACUGAAAACAUGAGAAAGAAUUUUAAUCUCAUGAAGGAUUUGGCAGUCUAUACACGAGUAGGUCCCAGUAAAAAAAUCAGCCAGUAUAAUAAUUUCAUAAAUCGGAUUCUUACUACACCCAAGUCUGCAGAAUCACUAACACAGUGGAAUUUAACAUUGAGUAAUAACCUCGUUACAAUACCGGGUCGUGUAUUAGCACAAGAAAUACUUCAAUCAUAUGAAAAAAAAUAUCCAGCUGGUAUUGAUGCUGAUUGGACAAAAUACACGCGUUCAAUUCCCAUGUUUACUUGUGCUGAAAUACAACAUUGGGCAAUAGUAUGUCCAACAAACGUUAUUGGUCGAGUUAAACCAUUUAUCCAAAUGAUACUUGAUGUUUCAAGAAAUAUGGGCUUUAAUUUACCACCACCACAAAUAUAUGAUGUAGUUAAUCCAAAAGUUCAUGAAUAUUCAAUUACAUUUGAAAAAGUAAUAAGCGCAAUGAAUCCAUCAUUUAUUUUAUGCUUCGUUUCGACAACUCGUGGUGAUUACUACAGUGGCAUCAAAAGAAAACUAUGUAUUGAAAGAUCAGUUCCAUCUCAAGUAGUAUUGACCAAACAAAUAGAAAAGGCCAAUAUGUCAGUAUGUACCAAAAUUGCCAUUCAAAUUAAUUGUAAACUAGGUGGAGCGCCAUGGCGAGUUGUUAUCCCUGAAAAGGAUAUGAUGAUAGUUGGAUUCGACGUCUGCCACGACAAGCAAAAUAUAAAUAAAUCUUAUGGUGCAUUAGUAGCCACAAUGAAUGACAGCCAUACUGCUUACUUCAGCUGUGUUCAACCACAUGAAAGUGGACAGGAACUUUCAAGCUAUUUUGCAAUGAGCAUUGCUAAGGCUUUAAACAAAUAUAAAUCCAAAAAUAACAAACUUCCUAACAGCAUUAUUAUAUACAGAGAUGGUGUGGGAGAUGGACAGUUAUCAUAUGUCCAUGGAACUGAAGUUGAUAUGGUAAAGAAAACUUGUAAAGAUUUCUACGGGGGAAAAAAAAUUGGCUUGGCAUUUGUAAUUGUUAAGAAACGAAUCAGUUCAAGAUUUUUUUGUAAAGAUUCAAAAUUUUAUCAAAAUCCACCCCCUGGAACAGUGAUUGAUAGUGUUGUCACUGACCCAAGUAUGUACGAUUUCUUCCUGAUCUCUCAACAUGUAAACACGGGUACAGUUACGCCAACUCACUAUAAUGUAAUUACGGAUAGUCUCAGUGAAACUACUAAAAACAAGAUUACACCCUCAAUUAUGCAACAACUUACCUAUAAGUUGACUCAUAUGUACUAUAAUUGGUCGGGUACAGUGAGGGUUCCAGCUCCAUGUCAACUAGCACACAAACUAGCAUUUUUGACUGCACAGUCACUCCAAAAACCUGCAAGUCCCGGCUUGGAAGAUUUACUGUACUUUUUAUAAGUUUUUUCUGAUCACUUGAACCA